GGGUGAGGGACGCGCGACUCUGCUUGUCCGCGCCGCCCUGCGCGCUGGGCGGGAAGAGGCGCGAAACCACAGCGCCCAGGGUCGCUGGGCGUGGCGGGCGCGAGGAGCGGGGCAGGGCGGCCCCUGCGGAGAUAAGGGGCGCGGCGGAGCCGACCCGCCGCACUGCGCGGAGCGGCGGCGACGGCCACGGCGAGGGAGACCACCGCGGCGUCUCGGACUGAAGGUACAGAAAGAGACAAGAAGGUCCCUCUUCUCCAGACCCUAUUUCCAUACUUUUUUCAGCAGCUCAAUGGCCUCCCCGAAGAAGAAACUCCAAGGCCUGGUUGCAGCAACCAUCACGCCGAUGACUGAGCAUGGAGAAAUCAACUUCUCAGUCAUUGGUCAGUAUGUGGAUUAUCUUGUGGAAAAGCAGGGAGUGAAGAACGUUUUUGUGAAUGGCACGACGGGAGAAGGACUGUCUCUGAGCAUCUCAGAGCGCCGCCAGGUCGCAGAGGAGUGGGUGACAAAAGGAAGGAACAAGUUGGAUCAGGUGGUAAUUCAUGUAGGAGCCCUGAGCUUGAAGGAGUCACAGGAACUGGCCAAACAUGCAGCAGAAAUAGGAGCCAACGGCAUCGCUGUCAUUGCACCUUUCUUUUUCAAGCCGCAGAACAAAGAUGACCUCACUGAGUUCCUGAAGGAGGUGGCCGCCGCUGCCCCAGGACUGCCCCUUUAUUACUAUCACAUCCCUUCCUUGACGGGGGUAAAGAUUCGUGCCGAAGAGCUGUUGGACGGGAUUCAGGAGAAGGUCCCCACCUUCGGAGGGCUGAAAUUCAGUGACAUGGAUCUCUUAGACUUCGGGCAGUGCGUCGAUCAGCACCGCCAGCGGCACUUUGCUCUCCUCUUUGGGGUGGAUGAGCAACUGCUGAGUGCUCUGGUGAUGGGAGCAACGGGAGCCGUGGGCAGCACCUACAACUACCUGGGGAAAAAGACAAACCAGAUGUUGGAGGCUUUUGAACAGAAGGACCUCUCUUCGGCUCUGAAUCACCAGUUCUGUAUUCAGAGAUUCAUCAACUUUGUGGUCAAACUGGGUUUUGGAGUGCCGCAGACCAAAGCCGUCAUGACGCUGGUGUCUGGGAUUCCCAUGGGCCCACCCCGGCUUCCGCUGCAGAAAGCCUCCAAGGAGUUUAUAGAGAAGGCAGAGGCUAAACUGAAGAGUCUGGAUUUCCUCUGUUUUCCUGGUUUAAAGAAUGCAAACUUGGAAGCCAGCUAAUGCCUGCCUAUCAAGUUGGGGUGUGUACACUGUGAUGUAAUCCACCUCGAAGAGUGCAUCCAUUUCUCAAGGACUUUAUAGAUGAGUUUGAACUAAAGUCUUUCCUGCCAAAUGAGAUCGCACAUCAAUCACCAAGUAUUUAAGUACCUACUGUGAUCUUUAAAAAGAUUUGUUUCCUGAAGGGGUGAAAACUGUAACCGGAGAUGUGGGCCCUCAGUCAUUCAACGUUACACAAACUUUGUGCGGAGAAAUGUCUGCCCACAUGGAUGAAAGGGAAUCAAAAGGAAAAUUGUGAUUAAUUCCAUUUGCCUUCGGUAGCUCCCAUUCUGUUGAUUUCUGGUUGUUCACCCUAUUUUAAAGUUUUCUCAUUUUAAACCA